AUGUGGAGCUAUGUAUACUUAGAUAUCAGCAAGGACACUGGUAAAAAAGAUAGGAGUAGCUACAAGGAUCACUGUAGAUGUGUAAUCACUCUCACCAGAACAUAUGACCCAAAAUGGCAUACAGAUUACAAUAAGUUACCUGGUUACAAACUAUAUAUCCACACAUUACCAACCAGCUGGGCGUGGACUUACUAUCUUGGCGUGAUAAAUCACAAAAAUACUCAACAAAGAGGAAUAGGUGACCAUAAAACGUACGUUCGUGCUAACUAUGUUUCAGUUUAUUACUGGAAAAAUGAUGAAGACAAUAUACUUCCGCUUUUCAUUGGAAUAAAUCUAAACGGAAACUAUCAUACAUAUUUUACGAAACAAAGUAUAGAUAACGAGUGGUGGAAAGAAUAUGAUAAAUCGCCUUAUACACCUGGGUUUCAUUUUACAGAUAUAUUAGAUGGAACAUUUAAGAAAAUCGUCAUACUAAACCUGAAUGCAGAUGUAAAUAGUAAGUACUGUGGACACCCAUCUAAAGACGAUUUCAAACUUCUUAAGGAAUCGAGUCCUAGCCAAGUGAAUUCUGAAUAUGUCACAAUAUCUGUGGAUUGGGAAGACAAUAAACCAUGUCAAGGAUAUACUGCAUUUACACACAAAUCUAGUGGUUCCAUGUAUAUUCUUUCAACUUGGAAUGAUGGGAAGUUCAUACAAUUUAAAAAACAUUUGUUAAAGACUAAAUAUGAGUCAGCAAUCGUAUACUAUACAACAUGUGAGUUUUAUGAGUUUAAUGGAAACCGCUGGCAUCAUAUGUUUAAUAUAGAAGAUGGAAAAAAACACCGAGAAAAUACCGCACUUAUAAAGAUUCUUGAUAGACAUACAUGUCAGAGAUAUGAUGCAAUUCCAAUUGAUAUUUCAGAAAAAAGUGGUAGUUAUAAGUGUAAGGAUAAAUGUGACAGUGGUCACAUGAUAAAUGUUUGGAAAGAUAAUAAUGCUUCAAAGGAUCUUGGAAAAUAUGAAGCAUAUACCCAUACACUUCCAAAUGGCAUGAGUUCUACAAUUACAAGAUUCAAAAAUGGUCCUAAAAGCAUUAUGUUGCAUGGUUGUACGUUUCCUGUAGAUGCUAUUCGCUAUGCUACUAUCUAUUUCCCGCAGUGUAGAAUUGAUACACCUGUAUUACUUUAUAUUGCUCAUGGAAGCAGUGAUAACAGCUGGUAUGAGAAGUCUAAAAAAAGAAAUGAGUGGGUAGAGGUUGAAACUCGUCUGAAUAAUAGAACUCCAAAGGAUAUAGAUAAAAAGGUACUCAUUAAUGUUCUUGAGGGAAUUUUAAAUAAAUUGGAUCUGAAAGGAUGUAAAGAAGUAAAAAGAGCUAAACCCAAGAUACCCUCGGUUAAAAACACUCCAAAUUUAUCCUAUAACAGAUGUGGGUUGGAUGUUAAAAGCAACUGUUAUGGGCAUGAAUAUGAUGAUGACGGUUAUCCUCAUAUAAUUAAAGUAGCACAGAGGCAGGAAAUCGAUAGUUUGCCAGUGAACAUAGGUGGAUACUCUGCUGAUUAUAUGAAAUACUUUCCAGAUCAAGAUACUAUAAAGGGAUAUAAUUAUAAUGUAAAUACUAGUUAUGAUGGAGAUUCUUAUACUUAUGAUACUAUAGUAUCUAUGGUAAAUUUGAGGGAUGGAGGGGCAGGAAAUAUGAAUGUUGUUGAAGACAGCGUCAAUAAUAGCAAAUAUAUUUAUAGAAUAAUAGAUGAACACAAUUACAUAAAAGAUGACAAGAAUCAACCAAGCCAUGAAAAUGGUGAAUCUAAAAUCACCGGUGGUGUUAGGCUAUCUGGCAAAGUAGGGGAAUCUCUACAAACUGCUGUUGGUGGUACUCCUGCAUUUAUUUAUAACCAUGGUAAUGGUAGAGGUUUUGGUCUUCUAUCUACUUCUGCUGGUAUAUAUGGUAAAGGACCUGAAGGAUCCCUUAAUACUACUGAUGAUAGUGUUGAAACUGAAAGGGGUGAACCACCUCUCGGACCUGAAACCGCUUCUGAACUUACUGAUGUCCUAUCUAACCCUGAUACUGUUAUUGAUGUUAAUAGUGAAACUGGUGAAGUUGAUGGAGCUCAAGACUCUCAACAAACUGAUGUCAGGUCUGACCAAGUUGGAUCUACUCUUCCUGUUGCUAGUCCACCUGUUAAUGGAGCUCAGCCUGCUGCUGGUGCUGUUGGUGAAACUACUACUUCUUCUGCUUCCGGAAGAUCUCCUACUACUAAUAAUCAUCAUUCUCCUGGUCCUCUUAGACUUCAAUCAGCCUCAGCCAAUUCUACUGAAGAAUCUCAAGUUACUCAUCAAGCUCUUCCUAUGACUGGUGGAGCUGGUGAAUUCGCUCUUGCUAGUAUAGCUGGAUACUUCCUAGCUGGUUCUGCAGGAUCAGGUGCAGCUGGUCUCGCAGGAUGGAAACUUUAUAAGAGCUUUAAACAAGAUCCCUGGGUACGACAAAUAUGA